AGAAUUGUCUUUGAAUUUUGACACUAUGAGAAAUCUCUUAGUAUUUAUGAGGCUUCGUGAAUCUGGUCCCUGGUCUGUUGAGGAGGAUUUAGAAAUGUGAUGAGUGGUUUAAUCCAGCAGGGGGCAGUAAUGCGACCUCUUGGAUGAAAUCUACCGCUAAAACACCAAAGAAGAAGAAGAAGCCGGUGGACUGUUUACUAUCAGUACAGUCUGUUGGUCGGGCUCUGUUUUACUGUUUUAUUGUUUUAUUGACCUCUCUUUGACUGUAGAAAACUAAACUCAUGAGAACUAAACAAUGACUGGCGGCAAAGCAAAGCAGAGAAACCUAAAGCAGGUUUGUUUCCGAGCUGUGAGGACACAUUUCGAUGCUAUAGGACUGGAAGGUGUUCUUGGUCUUCCAACGCCUCUCAUAAGGGAUCUUCUUCCUCACCUGACCAUAUGCCAGCUGGAUGAACUCCAGCCUGCUCUGAAUCAGAGAGGGAUAUCAACGUACUCUGGAUGGAUCGGGAUCCUGCUGGAUAUGUGCAGACCUGAACAGGCUGUGGGUCUCCACACUGAAGAGGAGGCCAAACACGAGGUCAUGAAGUGGCUGUUUACAUUCGUCUUCUAUGGCUUCACUAACCCGUUUGUCAAAAGGAACCUCGCCAAUCUGAACACCCCCUCCUUCCUGUGGGCUGCAGCAAAAUGCCUCACCAGUUUCACGCUUCUCGGGAGUCCAGGCAGUCACAAGAAACUUCAGUGGUUAACGGAGGAGCAGCGGCCGCUUCUGAACCUUUUUGAAAAGCGAAUGAAAACUGUGAAAAUUGUAUCAAACCCCAUGGAUCUCUCAAAGAAGGGCAAUCAGACCGCGCUGUAUAUCUUUCACCGCCUGGCCGACCACGGGGUGGCCGACACAGUUCUUGUACACAGUGACUGUCCCGUGCUGCUGGCCUGGAUCCUCUAUGGAAGGGGAACUCAGCAUGUAUCCCCCGAGCUCAUGAACCUAAUGCACGCCAGAAAGGAGAGCGGUAUUCCACAAGACACUUCAGUCAGAGAAGGCGGGCCCAGUUGUAGCUCUGGUCUUGUUAGCAGUGCCUCAGCUGAUCGGGAUGAUGAAGCAACGCCAUGCAAACGUCCAAAGAUCAGCUUUGUGUCAUCGGAGGAGGAGAAAUCUGGAGUAGCUAACGUGGUCGUAGAUCCACAGAUUCUCUGUCGAGUCUUCGCUCCAUGUGAUGGCCCCUCAGCAGGGACUUGUCCAAGGGGCCAGAUUAAACAUCUGGAGUUAAAUAACUGUAGGUCAGACUCCUUUAGAGUGCUGACCGACGCCCUGCCCACCUUUUUCUGCCUUCGUUCUCUGAUCCUGCACAGCUCCUGGACCUUCACAGACUCAGAUAUAUUGUCCCUGGCUAGAGCACUGAGGCGACUGUCUGAGAGCUCCCGCAGCUGCCUGACUGACCUGAGCAUCAGUGCCCUGCCCUACGCCAAACUCAUGGAGACCCUGCUGAAUGCCAGCUCCGAAGUGAAGUCGCUGCAUGUGGAGAUCCAUACCGUGGUCCCUUAUUCCCGGCUUGCAGAGUCAGACACCGAAGAGCUGCCUCUGGAGAAACUCACAGUCAAAGUCACUGAGGUCCAAACAGAUAUGCAGCUUUUCACGUCGGUGCUGAGGCGCUGUCCAAAUCUCACCACACUUCACGUAGCCGGGAUGAGAUUACCAACGGGCUCCUCUCAGAAGCGACUCCUGACCACUCUGUCAGAGUCCAACCACCACUUGAAGAUUCUUCAUUUGGAGGACAUGAAGCUGUCUGACUGUCUCCCGGAGAUCUUAAAUCUUCUCAAAGUCUGCAAGUUGGAAGAGCUGCGGUUGAAUGACUGCCGCCUCCUUGAGAAGUGGAGAGACAAAGAGGAGAGUUUGAGGCAAUUGGUGACGGCUGUAAAGAAAGUGCCUUCUCUUCACACACUCAGCCUGGCUCAGAAUCGACUAGCCAGGAACGUGUGCAUCCUGUCGGAGCUGUUCUCAGGAUCUUCAGCGAGCUUAGUGAACAGACUGAACAUCAGCUCCAACUUCAUCCAGCCUGCUGAGCUGCUGGAGUUUGCAGACACACUGAGGACUCAUCGCCCCCCACACCGACUGACCCUUGACCUCAGGAAAAACCCAGGAGACCGGGACCCCGACACGUGGGACACUGCACUGAAGAGACUCCGACCAUUUGGUGUUGUACUUGUUGAAGGAUGGGUAUCCACCCACACGAUGGCCGACCACAUCAGCAACAUGUGAACGGGGCGGCUCUCUCCCUGUUGGACUGAAAUGAAGCUUUUUUUAUAUUUUCUCUCUGAUAGAAAAAGGACUGUGAUCAGUGAGAUGUCAGUUUGGAUGGUUUAACAUUUUCUGGACCUGCAUUUUUCGUUCCUUACCAUACAUACCUACAAUGUGUGCACAAAGGAAGUGUUCUGUGCUUAUUGUAUCCAUAGUGACAUCAGAGAAGUGGAUGAAUCUGUACGGCUAGUUUGGUUAUUUACUUUUCACACGUCAUUUGAUUUUUAUGCCGUAAAACUUCUAUCAAUGAGCCCAGGCUUUUAUCUACUUUAGUCCAUGAAAUGAGCCGGCCUUUAUUUGGUACAGGCGUCAAUUCGAGGCAGACCUUUACUUAAACAUCUUAAUGGUCACAUAUCCUCUUCCUCUUCUUCAGUGUAAAUAAGUCUCAGAGCUCCUCAAAACAUGUGUGUGAAGUUUCUUGUUCUAAA